CUUUAACAGGCCAGCACUUCUUCCCUCCCAUGUUAAACUUUGACCUCUUUUAUUUUCUGUGUAUGUUCCCUCUUCAUUUCUCUGUGACUCAGAGUAUUCAAGAAACUGCAAGGCAGCAGCCAUGCUCCCUUCCCAGAUCCUGGUGUGUGCUGCAGUGCUUGCCCUGGCAGUCCUGCAGGCCCUGGCCUUGGACACCUUCAUUGCAGCCGUGUAUGAGCACGCCGUCAUCCUGCCACGCACCAUUCACAAGGUUUCUCCCGAUGAUGCUUUGGCCCUGAUGAACAGAAACAUGGAUGUUCUGGAAGGAGCUAUCAAGGAAGCAGCGCAGCAGGGUGCCCGCAUCAUUGUGACUCCCGAGGAUGGCAUUUAUGGCUGGGUUUUCACGAGGGACACCAUUUACCCCUACCUGGAGGAUAUUCCUGAUCCAGAGGUGAACUGGAUUCCCUGCACUGAUCCCACAAGAUUUGGUCGAGCACCAGUGCAGGAACGACUCAGCUGCAUGGCCAGGAACAACUCCAUCUAUGUAGUUGCAAAUAUCGGGGACAAGAAGCCAUGUAAUUCCAGUGAUCCCAAGUGCCCGAGUGACGGUCGCUACCAGUACAACACUGACGUUGUCUUUGACUCAGAAGGGAAACUGGUGGCUCGUUACCACAAGUACAACCUGUUUAGACAAGAAACUCAGUUUAAUUACCCAAAAGAGCCAGAGUUCAUCACCUUUGAGACUCCCUUUGGGAAGUUUGGCAUUUUCACUUGCUUUGACAUCCUUUUCCGGGAGCCCGCCGUGGUGCUGGUGAGCGAGCUACAGGUGGACACAGUGCUUUUCCCAACAGCCUGGAUGAAUGUCUUGCCCUUUCUGACUGCUGUGGAGUUUCACUCUGCAUGGGCUAUGGGCAUGGGAGUCAAUUUACUGUCAGCAAAUACUCACAACACCAUCAUGUCUAUGACAGGCAGCGGGCUGUUCACACCCCACGGGCCGGCCAUGUACUACUACAACAGCAAGACAAAGGAGGGACGUCUCCUGGUAGCAGAGCUGAGCGCACGACCUCGUCUUUCUCCUAACUAUCCUGCUGCAGUCAACUGGAGCUCAUAUGCUACAAGUGUCAAAAACUAUUCAGGAGAAAAUAAGACCUUUUCAGGAGCUGUCCGGCGGGAUAUAUUCACUUUCAGUGAACUUACGCACAAAGCUGGAAAUCACACAGUCUGUCAAAAAGACCUCUGCUGUCAUUUGACCUAUAGGAUGUCAAAUAAAAGUAAAGAUGAAGUUUAUGUACUGGGCGCAUUUGAUGGGCUUCAUGGCUCUGUCAUAAAAUACCACUGGCAGAUAUGCACCCUGCUCAAGUGUAAGAGCACAGACCUGAGCACGUGUGGGCAGCCAGCAGAGACUGCACAGACUAAGUUUGCCAUGUUCUCCCUCAGUGGCACAUUCGGCACUAACUACGUCUUUCCAGAAGUCUUGUACAGUGGUGUGCAGUUGGCCCCCGGGGAAUUUGAGGUACUGUCUGAUGGACGUCUGCAAAGUAAGAAUGGCACAUCAAAACCACUCUUAACAGUGACGCUUUUUGGGAGGUGUUAUGAAAAGGACCUGCCUCAUCCCCUGCGAAGCUUCCUGUGAUGUAACUCCCUAAAUGUUAAUCAGUCAGCAUAGGCAGGAUGAGAAUUUCCCACACUGAUCCAUAAGCUUCUCAUGAUUUGUAACAGUUAUCCUGUAUCAUUCAUAUCCUUCAAUCUUAUUCUUCUGCUUAGUAGCCGGGGCAGAUGAGUUUAUUUAGAAGAUCAGUGGUCACUCUAUUGUGGACCUAAAUCAACAGUACACUACUGUACUAGUGCUUGAGCCAGUGCAUUUGUUAUACUCUGUCAUAUGAAAACUCUGAUUAGAAAUUAUUAUAUUUUUCAAAAAUAUAACAUAGGUUGCUAGAAUAAUCCUAGUCAUAAGACUGAUGCUAAGAUGUGUGGAAUAUGAAGUUGGCCACUUUUCUGCCAAACGAAUCUUCCCCAAAGAAA